AUGAUAGAAGUUGUGAAUCCGGGAGAUGAUUUGCUAUAUGUCAAGAAAGUAAUUCAGAAGUGUUUUAUAGAAGUUGACGAAACAGGAACAAAAGCUGCUGCUUGUGAAGAAAGUGACGAAGACAUGGGAUAUAGUAUUUGGGAUCCUCCGCCUCCAAACCCAAGGUUUGUGGCAGACCAUCCGUUCAUGUUCAUGAUAAGGGAAGACACUUCUCAAGCUGUUUUCUUCAUGGGAGUGGUUGCCACAAGAAUUUUACUUGAUGAUGCCCACAACGGUUUCAAGGAUGGGAAUUUCGUUUGUUCCCCGUUUUCACUUGAGACCGUGUUGGGAAUGCUUGCUGCUGGAGCCGAAGGCGAAACUUUGGAACAGUUGUUGGAGUUCCUUGGACAUGAAACUGUUGACCACCUUCUUUCCGACUCACCAAGUGCCAAACUUCUUGCACAACUUUUCUCUGACACAGACUCUCGAGAAGCAGGUCUUGAAAUCGUCUUAGCAAAUGGUAUUUGGGUAGACAAGAAACUCAUCACUCGUGUUCAAUCUCGUUACAAAGAGGUUCUGCAAUGUGUUUACAAAACAGAAGCCAAGUUUGUGGACUUUGAAAACAUGCCUCAUGGAUCAGCAAAAAAUAUAAAUUCAUGGGUAAACGAGAAAACUAGAGGUUUGAUCCCCACUAUUGUUGAUGGCGGAGAUUUGAAAGACGAUGUGGUGAUUGCACUGGUGAAUGCCUUGUAUUUUAAAGGAUUGUGGUCUAAACCGUUUGAUGCAAAAAAGACUAAGGUGAAAGACUUUCAUCUCGUUAAUGGGGAGACUGUUUCGAUCCCCUUUAUGACUAGCCAAAAGCAAUUCAACUAUGGUUGUUUUGAAGGUUGCAAGAUCCUCCAAAUUCCAUAUGAAAGUGAAGGCCAAUCCAAUGAAUUCUCUAUGUAUAUUUUCCUCCCUGAUAGGAAAGAUGGAUUGCAGGAACUACUCAAAGUUUUCCAUUCUGAUCCUGCUUUAUUCCAUGAAGAUUUUUACCUUGAACCACGCUUUUUAGAAAAGCUUUGGAUACCCAAGUUCAAGAUAUCGUGUGCUUUUGAAGCUGAUAAUGCUGUGAAACAAAUGGGACUGACAUUGCCUUUCAAACGUACAAAUAAGGAGUUUAGACGGAUAGUGCAGCCAACUGGGCCAGAAGAUAAUAUUUAUGUCUCAAAAAUACUUCAUAAAUCUUUUAUUGAAAUUGAUGAGACAGGAACAGAAGCUGCUGCCGUUUCUUGCCUAUUCAUGGGAUUACCCGGGUGUACAGCAUACUGUCCACCUCCGCCUCCACCGGCAAGGUUUGUGGCAGACCAUCCGUUCUUGUUCAUGAUAAGGGAAGUCACUUCUCAAGCUGUUUUCUUCAUCGGUGUGGUACUCAAUCCCCAUGCUACGGAUUGA